UGUGCGUACGCAGUCUGUUUGCGAGGCAGUUGCGUGCGAAGAGCUCCACAUGUCAUUCAGAGGAAUCCGCCACCUGAAACACGAGGAAGUGAAAGCGACUCAAUCGGGUAUAAAGCAUCAACAACCACAUCUGCCUCGAGCAUUGCAAAGUGAUGAAAACAUCAGUUCAGACGUCUGGUAGACGUCGGUUGCAUUUUCCCGAGGAAUUAUUACCAUUGUCUACUUAGGAAGUACCUUAUCUAUAACAUACCCGUUCAAUUUGAAUGACCCAUCUAACAUUAUACUGGAAUUAAGUAAUAUUGUCAGACCUUCUUGGGAGGGGGGACACUGAAACGUUUUCUCCAUCUUCCCUGCACCCUGCAGCGCACCUGUUCCCUUUACGGAGCGCAGCACGAUGAUUCCACCCGGAGACUGCAUGUACGCGGCCAGGAAGAGAAGGAAACCCGUUAAAAAACAGAAACCAGCGACUGUGAGUGAGAAGUCCAACCCAUCCAAGAGGCACCGGGACCGCCUGAACGCGGAGCUGGACCGGCUGGCCAGCAUGCUACCUUUUUCCCCAGACAUCAUCUCCAAGCUAGAUAAACUGUCCGUGCUGCGCCUCAGUGUCAGCUACCUCCGGGUCAAGAGUUUCUUCACAGCGAAGAGAGAGAGAUCAGUGUGGCUGUGUGGAUUUCACAGUGUUGGAAGCGCGAGACAAGUUAAUCACGAGAAGCCGUCCAGCAGAAAGCACAUCAGUCCAUCCACCGACUCUGUCGCCGAGCCCAGGAAAGACAGCCUGCCUAAGGCUAUGGGCAACAGCAUCACAGAGAGCGGACUCCUUCUGGAGUCCCUUACUGGCUUUGCGUUGGUGGUGAGCAGCGAUGGAAUGGUUUUCUUUUCCUCCUCAAACAUCGUUGACUAUUUGGGCUUCCAUCAGACGGAUGUGAUGCACCAAAACGUCUUUGAUUAUGUCCAUGUGGACGACCGGCAAGAGUUCAGAAGACAGCUCCACUGGGCCAUGAACCCCAGCCAGCACCACUUAGUCUCAGGAACUGAUGAAGACUUGGUGGUGAGCAGCCUGUUUCAUUCUCAGGAGACGGGGGGAGUCGCUCCUGAGUUCUCCUCCUUUCUCAACCGUUGUUUCAUGUCUCGCGUGCGCUGCCUGCUGGACAGCACCUCUGGCUUCCUGACCAUGCAGAUCCAGGGCCGACUCAAGUUCCUCCAAGGACAGAAGAGGAAGUGGGGCUCGGGGGCCCCGCUACCCCCCCAGCUGGCCCUGUUCUGUGUGGCCGUGCCCCUUCUGCUGCCCUCCAUCACUGAGAUGAAGAUGAACAACAUGAUGAUGAGGGGCAAGCACAAGAGUGGAGGGGGCCUCAUCACUACACUAGAAUAUAGUGAGAGAGAGGAGCAGUUGAGGAGGCAGGCUGGCAGUGCGGGGGGGGUAGUCGAUGGCGGGGACCCGCUCCUCCUCAACUGCACCAAACUUGGUGGUCCCCAACAUCGCCGCCACACCCCCUGGACGCCCCUCUCCAAAGACAGCCUCAAGUACAAGACCGAGGGGGGCUAUUGUGGACAGGACGAGCCCCUCAACUACUGCAAAACCUCCAUGGGCGGCGUCCCCCGCCACAAAGGCCAAGGCCUGGACUCCCUGUGGCCCAUGCGGCCUGCCUCGGGGCCCAUCCGGGGGGGGCAAAGUGGGGGCUACACCCCCUCUAAUCGACUCGGGAAGGGUGGGCACUAUGGCAAGCCCUACCGCAUGUCCCCCAGCAUGUGCCACGGAGGAGGGCGAGGUGGUGAAAUCUACGUGCCCAGGAUGUACGAGAGCCUCCAGAGCCCUGGCGGCUUGGACCUGUACUGCUUGGGAGAGGAGGUGAAGACCGAGUGCUACGGCAACCUCCUGUUGCCUGAGAUGCCCAUCAAGGUGGAGCAGGACUCGGAUUCGGAGAACGGCUGCGACACGUAUGGCCGUCCGUGGCCCUGCCGGGAGCCCUUGGACCAUCGCUACCACGACGGCAACAGCUACGUCGACAACAACGGCCUCCACAUGAAGUCGGAGGCGGACUACUACGAACAGUACUCGUCGUGCCAGAGGGGCAAGGCGGGCAUCAGCCUCAUCAGCCCGCCCUACAACAACGGCCACUUCCAGAGCUAUGAUAACAUGGGGGGCAGUGGCAGCAGGCCGCUGAAGAGUGUGGUCAAUAAGGACCUGUCCCAGUUCAGUCCCCAGAGGUUGUCCCACCCAGACCCCCUGUGUAGCAGCCAGAGCAUCAACUGCAUGGACGUGUACGCAAGUGGCCCCAUGGAGCACAGCAACAAGGGCUACGAGUUCAAAGGUCACGGACCGCGCCAGACCAUCAAGCAGGAGCCCGCGGACUCACCCCAGUGGUCGGACGGCAGCGGCCGCGACAUGAACCGUGCCGCGGGACACUCUCAGAGGAGCGUUAUGCCCCAACGUGUGAUGAAUGCUGGGCAGCACAAAGCCAACUCUUGUGUUUAUAUGCAAUAGAUGUUGAUGCGCCCCAUAACUUCCUCAUUCACCAGCAUAACACAUUGGCAGAAGACAUGCAGGGUACGGCUCAGGUUUAAAGACUAGUGUGGUGGAGACAAUCAAAGACAGGAAUGGGGGGGGGAUUCUAUCUCAAUUUGUUUUGAUGAAUGGAAUAAAUUGUAGUUAUUUAUCCAAAGCACAUUUGAUAUAGUGAUUCAAAUAUUUUCUAGAGUCACAUUUCUGUUUGUGUUGUGUGUUUAUGCCUGAGAGAGAGGGAGAGAGAGAGAGAGAGAGAGAGGGAGAGAGGGAGAGAGAGGGAGUU